UGCUGACGCUUCGUUUUACCACAAGCCUGCACUUACAAAUCUAGUGCCAAAGGUUCACUAUAUAUAGCUGAAGACAGCAAAUAGAUGGUCUCUUUUUGAGCAGGUUUCUGACUAGCUGCCUGUUUCAUUGUUCCUCACUGUGGCAGUGUUUUCAGUCAGGAAAUUUAAAAUAUGGUAAAGCUAAAGUUGCCCAAUCCUGGCCUGGAGGACAGGAUACCUUCUCAUGCUGAGCUUGAGGUCCUUGAGAAACAAGAGGCAGACUCCAGACCAAAAUGGGAUAACAAGGCUCAGUAUAUGCUGACGUGCAUAGGGUUUUGUGUGGGCUUAGGAAAUGUGUGGAGGUUCCCGUAUCUCUGUCAGAGCCAUGGAGGAGGAGCCUUCAUGAUCCCUUUCCUGAUUUUGCUAGUCCUGGAGGGUAUCCCCCUGCUUCAUCUUGAGUUUGCCAUUGGUCAAAGGCUGAGGAAAGGCAGUGUGGGCGUAUGGAGCUCUAUCCACCCUACCCUGAAAGGAGUUGGCAUAGCAUCAAUGUUUGUUUCCUUCCUGGUGGGUUUAUAUUAUAAUACUAUUAUUGCCUGUGUGAUGUGGUAUUUCUUCAACUCCUUCCAAGAGCCCCUGCCUUGGAAUAACUGUCCUCUCAAUGAAAACAGAACAGAUUAUGUAGAAGAGUGUGCUAAGAGCUCUCCUGUAGAUUACUUCUGGUACAGAGAAACAUUAAAUAUCUCCACUUCCAUUGAGGAUUCUGGCAGUAUACAGUGGUGGCUUUUGCUGUGUUUGACGUGUGCAUGGGGUGUACUGUAUGUGUGCACAAUCAGAGGCAUCGAAACAACAGGAAAGGCUGUGUAUAUAACUUCAACUCUUCCAUAUGUUGUGCUUACCAUUUUCCUAAUCCGUGGCUUGACGUUGAAAGGAUCAACCAAUGGAAUUGUGUAUCUCUUCACCCCUAAUGUCACUGAGCUGGCGAACCCACUGACAUGGCUGGAUGCGGGUGCUCAGGUGUUUUAUUCUUUCUCCCUGGCAUUUGGAGGCCUCAUUUCAUUCUCCAGUUACAACUCUGUUCACAAUAACUGUGAGAAAGAUGCUGUGAUUGUCUCAGUGAUCAACGGUUUCACUUCCAUCUAUGCAGCAACUGUCAUAUACUCCAUCAUUGGAUUCAGAGCCACAGAAAGAUAUGAUGACUGUUUUGACACAAAUAUUCUUACUCUGAUGAAUGCAUUUGAUUUGCCAGAAGGUAAUGUAACCCAAGAUAAUUUUGAACAAAUGCAGCAGCUGUGUAACAUGACUGAUCCGGCAACUUUUGCAAGCCUGAAGUUUGAAACCUGUGAUCUGGAAACUUUCCUGAAUGAUGGAGCUGAAGGAACUGGCUUAGCCUUUAUUGUCUUCACUGAAGCUAUCACCAAAAUGCCCAUCUCACCUUUGUGGUCCAUUCUCUUCUUCAUCAUGCUUUUCUGCUUGGGUUUGUCAUCUAUGUUUGGAAAUAUAGAAGGUGUGCUUGUACCUUUACAAGAUCUUAAGAUUAUACCCUCCAGAGUGCCUAAGGAAGUUGUUACUGGUCUCAUUUGUUUGGUGUGUUAUUUGAUAGCUUUUAUUUUUGUGCUGAAUUCUGGUAAUUACUGGCUGACUCUAUUUGACGGUUAUGCUGGCUCUAUUCCCUUGCUGAUAAUUGCAUUUUGUGAGAUGUUUGCAGUCGUCUACAUUUAUGGAAUAGACAGGUUUAACAGGGAUAUUGAGUUCAUGACUGGACACAAGCCCAAUAUUUUCUGGCAGAUUACCUGGAGACUAAUUAGUCCUCUCAUUAUGUUAGUUAUCUUCAUCUUUUAUCUUGUGGUGAAUGUCAGCAAAGAACUGUUUUACAGUGUUUGGGACCCUAACUAUGAGGAGUUCCCCAAAACGAAGAAGCUCGAAUAUCCCCCUUGGGUGUAUGCUGUUAUUGUGGUCCUUGCCGGAGUGCCUAGUUUGACCAUCCCUACUUUUGCCAUCUACAAAGCCAUCAGAAAUCGCUGUGAGAAAAAAAAUGACCGUGCAGGCCUUAUUGCUACAUCUGAGAUUUCCAUUAAUGGAAACUUGAAGUAUUCAUCAUAAAUCCACUUUUUAAAAUGUGGAAGGAAGCUUUGACAGUGAGGAAAGUAAAAGAAAAAAAUUUUAAGAAUCGGGAGUUUUCAUAAAAGGGUAACUGUGUUGUUUCCAGGUAAACAUUUACUUAGCAAUGCAAUGCACUGUGAAGAGUUGAUGUCCUGGAAGCAAAUGGUGACAUUUGUAAGUGAUUGGGUCACCAGACCAAAUAGUUUGUCCUCCUUCUGGUUUUGAAGCCAGAUUGUUUGAAACGGGCUUUCAUAACCUCUGCUUGGGGAAGCACUGUGCUUGCAAUUCUCUAAGUGACUCUUCCAUGUGCAGUCAUUCUGGUCAGUGGCUAAUAUGAGGGGUAACUUAAUACUGUAUUCUCUUGCACAUUAAAUUGUUUUUGUUUUACAUGCCACUGUGUUGCACAAAGCCACCAAUAUUAUUUGUCUCAUACAGAAGUUUAAAAUAUUUAAUAAAAACAUUUCUAAGUAUGAGAA